AUAUUACUCAACAUGCGCCAUUUUCAACCAGCACCCAACGACAUUCAACUGACACCGCACUCUUGGGCGAAAUGGCAGUUUAACGGCUUGCGGCGGUCCUAGCAGCAGCAAAUCCAACAGUGCAUCAACCCAGUGCACUGCUUCAACUUCAUAUUUGUUAAAAUGACGUCCCUUGUGGAAACCCUCAGCACUGCUGUAGUUGACAGCAUAAAAGAACCGCUAGACCUCUUACUGCUGUACCUACCGUCUCAGAUCCUAGUGACUGAACAACAGAGCUAUGACCAUGAUGAGCACACAGUUUGGCCUGGACGAUAUGGAGGCCCUACUCUGGGGGCCUUCCUCUCUCAUGGCUGACCCCAUGGGGUCACUGCUCCACCAAGAUGAAGUUACCUCGAUAGAGGGGGGGGCUUCGUCCCUCUCGUCAUCUUCUCCUCUUCCCCUUCUCUCCCCUCCUCCCUCUCCGCCUUCGCUGCUCCUCCAGGAAGAGAAGGCGGAGGCAGACUUGCUGUCCUUCCCAUGGCUAUCUGCUGACGAGCUAGGCCACACCCAUCACAUUGGUGCAGAUGAUGGCAAAGAGGAUGCCUUUUCUGGCAUGGACUGGAUGGCCGAGAGGGUCGACCUGAGUGAGUUUGACCUGGACUCCAUUAUAGGUUCCCUCAGCCCAGACGGUUCCCCCAGCUCCCCUGAAGACCUCAUCGCUUCCUUUGAGUGUCCCAUGGAGCUGGACUCACUCCCCCUCCCUACUCUCAUGGACCUCCCCACCACCACUGAUCCAAUCCUCCCCCCAACCGUCUCACAGCCCCAGGAAGACCCUCAGGAGGAGGUCCAUUCACCUCCCCCCUGCGUACCCGAUGCCCAGGAGGAGCUAGAGAUCAAAUCGGAGCCCCAGUCCCCAGCCCCCUCUCCUCCAUCUCCCUCCUUCACCUUAGACGUGGGCAGUGAGGUGGAUGUCUCGGCGAACGUCAGCGAGCUUCUCCUGGAUGUUCCCCAGCCAGUCCCCAGCGUCGUGCUGUCUCUCUUCCCGACCCGCAUCGUCCUCCUCCUGGCCCCUAAACAGGAGGUCGGCGUCACAACCACCACCGUCACCAUCCCACAGAUCCUCUCCUCUGACAGUGACAGCAGCUUCAGCUCCUCCGAUCAGCUCAACCGGCCCUCCAUCGCCACAGCUCAGUCAAGGUCCCAAACCAGGAGCAAACCGUACCCAACAACCCCCAAGUCUAGGCCACAACAUCCAGACCAUCCAUCUCCCACCACUACAUCGAGUGGGAUAAUGAAGUCCUCCACUGGAGGACCCCCGAAGGAGAAGCUCAAGAAGAUGGCGCAGAACAAGACGGCGGCCACGCGCUACCGCCAGAAGAAGAAGACUGAGCAGGAGGUCCUGAGUGCGGAGUGUGACGAGCUGGAGCAAAGGAACCACAAGCUGGUGGAGAAGGCAGACUCCAUUGCCAAUGAGAUCCAGUACCUCAAGGACCUCAUAGAGGAGGUGCGCCAUGCGAAGAGCAGAAGGGCCUCGGCGACCUCUAACCGUAGUGUGUAACCCACCAAGUAUCCCACUAUCUAAGAUCUAUAAUGCUUUUCGAAAUGCAUGUAUUGUAUUGAGACUCCCAAAGCCCAAGUUUUAUUGACCUUUGACCUUCCUGCGUGUCUAUUCCUUUAAGAGUUUUUAAAGAGACUAUUGUUCUUGUAGCUUGAGCUUUUGAUGUAAUCCCUGAUCUCUUGUAUGAAAACCUUAAGUAUUUUCCGAACAGUAAAACAGUAUAUUGACUCAUGUAAUUCGUCUGAUCUUUUCUAGUCUUUGUCAUUGUUUAUUCUUAUCAAUAGAUGUGUCUAUAUUGCUGUAGAAGUAUGUAGUCUUAAAUAGGUUUAGAAGCCUCUUCAUAUGUAUUUUUACUGUAGUCUGAAUCGUAUCUAAAUGUAUUCCUUUCAUUAUCUAUUAAAAAGUCAAAUCCA